AUGCAAUUACAACUGAUCUCCUUUGUGUUGAUCAUCUUGCACUGCAUGGAUUACAGUUGUCAGCAGCACAGCAGCUCCAGGCACCGGACUCAUAAAUUGAUGACUGGUGGGAGCUCCGGGUGCCAGCAGGGGGGCUGCCUGACCUGCUCUGACUACAACGGCUGUCUGUCCUGCAAGCCGCGCUUCUUCAUGCAUCUGGAGCGGAUCGGGAUGAAGCAGAUCGGGGUGUGCAUGACCUCUUGUCCUCCUGGGUUCUAUGGCACUCGCUCCCCAGAGAGAAACACGUGUACGAAGUGCAGGUCGGAGUGCGACUCCUGCUUCAACAAGAACUUCUGCACGCGCUGCCGAGCAGGAUUCUACCUUCACCUGGGCAAGUGCCAGGAGAGCUGCCCGGACGGCCUGGUCCACAGUGACGCGCAGAGGGAGUGCGUUCCCAGGUGCCCUGCAGAGUGUGAGUCAUGCAUGAGUAGUGAAACGUGCACACAGUGCCGGCCGGGUGUGUACCAGCUGAGUGGAAGAUGUUACCACAUCUGUCCAGAUGACUAUGAGCCGAAUGACAAACUGAUGGAGUGCACACAGCAAGUGCACUGCAAGGUGGGGGACUGGAGCGACUGGAGCCCCUGCUCCAAGUCGGGCAGAACCUGCGGCUUCAAAAGGGGCCAGGAAACCCGCACCAGGCAGGUUCUUCAGUAUCCAUCACCUUUUGGCAAGCCCUGCCCAGAGAUCUCUGAGGUCAAGGAUUGUCUGGUCAAGAGGAGAAAAUGUCCAGGAGGACGGAAAAAGGCCGAGCGAAAUGGGAAAAAGAAUCGCAACAACCGCAAGGACAAGGAGAGCCAGGAGGCGCGAAGGGGGAGGAAGAGGGACAGGGAGGCGGUGGAGCGUGAAGACUCUGACAACAGGAACAAGACGGAGCACAGACACCGCCGAGGCCACGACACAGAGGCAGCGUCCUCUGAAGACAGAGCUGUGCAGUAGUGCUGGACCACCCUCCUCCCAUG